AUGUCCGACAUCGACGACGAAGACGUCCAGAUGGAUGACGCGCCCAAAGUCUCCUCCGACAUCACCUUCUCCUCGGCCGCCGACAGCAAAGGCAAACGCAGUGCCGCCAACCUCCCAGUGGAAGCCGAAGACAACCUCCCAUGGGUUGAGAAGUACCGUCCGGCCUCUUUAGCAGACGUGUCAGGCCAUCAUGACAUCCUCUCCACCAUCAACAAGUUCGUCGACGCCAACCGCCUUCCCCAUCUCCUCCUCUACGGUCCCCCAGGAACGGGCAAGACCUCCACCGUCCUCGCAUUAGCAAGACGAAUCUACGGCGGCAAGAACAUGCGCCAAAUGGUCCUCGAGCUCAACGCCUCUGACGACCGCGGCAUCGACGUCGUACGGGAGCAGAUCAAGACCUUCUCCUCCACCAAGCAGAUAUUCGCCGGCUCCUUCGACAAGUCAGCAAAGAGCGAGAGCAUAGCGAACUUCAAGCUCAUCAUCCUCGACGAAGCCGACGCUAUGACUUCGACCGCCCAGAUGGCUCUGCGGAGGAUCAUGGAAAAGUACACGGCCAAUACCCGCUUCUGCAUCAUUGCCAACUAUACGCACAAACUCUCGCCAGCGCUGCUAUCGCGAUGCACACGGUUUCGCUUCUCUCCACUCAAAGAAGCCGAUAUACGGCAGUUGGUCGACAAAGUUAUCGCGGAAGAGCACGUAAAUAUUGCGCCAGACGCCGUGGGAUCCCUCGUUACGCUGUCAAAAGGCGACAUGCGACGGGCUCUUAACGUCCUUCAAGCCUGCCACGCCUCGUCUACACCCCUGCACACCCCUGGCCAACCUGCCCCAGACGUUAAUACCGUCGAGCGAGACCUGAUCACGCAAGAAACGAUCUACACCUGCAUCGCCGCGCCUCACCCGGAGGACAUCCGUCUCAUCACCCAAACGCUUCUCACCACCUCCGACGUCGGGUCCUGUCUCAGCACGAUCAAUACACUGAAGAAGACCAAAGGACUAGCGCUAGCGGAUAUCUUGACUGCGAUGGGAGAGCAAUUGGCAGAGGUGGAUGUGCCGGUGCAGACGCGGGUGCGGUGGUUGGAGGGGCUGGCGGAAGUGGAGUACCGGCUAAGUGGUGGCGGAAGCGAGAGUGUGCAGACAGGCGGUUUGGUCGGUGUCGUGAGGGAGGGGGUGGGGAUCAUGGGGAAGGGGAAGGUUUGA